CGACUACGUUCAGCUUACUAAGUCGGCCCCCACUGGUCCUCUAUAUUUGCGACUUCCAAUAUAUCCUUUUCUUCUCUUUCCUUUCUGCUUACUGAUUACUUCACAAACACACUGAUAUAGUUGUGAUUGUUAAGUAAAAGCCGUGUUAGUAUUAGAUCUGUGCACCACAUUUUCCCACAAAAAUAAACCCUACACUGUAAGCAUUUCACCUCUUCUUUUUUCGUUAUGAAACAAGUCUGAUCCGAGUGACUGAAGAUGGCAGAAGUGGAUGCUCAAAAUCCUCUUCGCGGAGAAACAAGUUGUAGUUUUCUACUACAACAGUUGCAGCAAAUAUGGGAUGAGGUUGGUGAAACUGAUGAUGAUCGAGAUAAGAUGCUUCUUCAGAUAGACCAAGAGUGCUUGGAUGUCUACAAGAGAAAGGUUGAUCAAGCAGUGAAGUCACGGGCUCACCUUCUUCAGGCUUUGGCAGAUGCCAAAGUUGAAUUCUCCAGGCUGCUAUCCGCCCUUGGAGAGAAAACAUAUGAUGGAAUUCCUGAGAAGACUUCAGGCUCAAUUAAGGAACAACUUGCAGCUAUAGCACCAGCGCUGGAAAAACUGUGGAAACAGAAAGACGAUAGGGUAAAAGAGUUCUUGGAUGUACAAUCACAAAUUGAGAAGAUUAGCAGUGAGAUAGCAGGGACUAGUGAGCAAGUAGAGAGUCCGAAAGUAGACGAGUCUGAUUUAUCUCUUAAAAAACUGGAUGAGUUUCAUGGACAGCUUCAAGAUCUUCAAAAAGAAAAGAGUGAGAGACUGCACAAAGUCCUUGAAUUCGUGAGCACAAUACACGACCUAUGUGCUGUUCUAGGCAUUGACUUCUUUAGUACUGUCACUGAAGUUCACCCAAGCCUGAAUGAUUCUACUGGUGUACAGUCAGAAAGUAUAACCAAUGACACACUAUCAAGUCUGGCUAGAACAGUCUUAGCAUUAAAGGAAGAUAAGAAGCAAAGAUUGCAGAAGCUCCAAGAACUUGCAACUCAGCUGAUAGAUUUAUGGAAUUUGAUGGAUACAACCGAAGAAGAACGAAGGUUGUUUGACCAUGUCACAUGCAACAUAUCGGCUUCAGUUGAUGAAGUGUCUGCUCCUGGGGCUCUUGCUCUUGAUCUGAUUGAACAGUUUUGA